AUGGAGAUACACGAGCUGCUCAGCGAGGAUGAUGGCUCUGCGGAAUGGGAGUUCGAGGACUCUGAGAACGAGGAGGAGGACAGCGAGGUCGAAACAGCAACUUCAGAAGACGAGGAGACGACAGAAUCCGACGCGGAUUGUGUGUCGGUGGCUGCCGAGGUGACUUCAGCUGCUCUGCGUAAACUCACCGGCAACGCCUAUGUUGACGGGCUAAUUCGUGAGAGCGGGCUUCAUAUUAUCCGAGAUGGAGAAGUCAAGUUAGCAUUCAAAGAGCGCGGUGAGCUAGGAUUGUUUUCUCUUUUCUUCACUCGUGAAUUCCGUGACUCCUUGCAGACCUGGACCAACACAAUGCUGAAGGAGCAAGGCAAGGAUGAGGCCACAGUGUUUGAGAUUGAUGCUUAUAUCGGCUUAGAAAAUUGCUAUGAGUAUCAUACCUCUAACUGA